AUGACCUCCAGCAACAAGUCGCAAAGCUAUGGCCCUGGCACCUACGUUGACGAGGCUUUCCUGCCUGUACCAGAGGAGUGCAAGCGACUACUGCGCAUCCUAGCCAAGCGAACCCCGGGGUUCACGACCGAUGAAGCCUUGCUAAACAAGGUCCAUUUUCACGGAGACGAUCUGCCAUGCAUUCCCGGUCCUAUCAAGUCCCAGGCUCUGACUGCGACUCUGCAUGCCAUGUUUGGCAUUGUCGCACUUGAGAUUCUGCGCCUCCGUGGUCGCGACGUCAGCAGCGCGGUACACAUCGACACGGAUCAUGCUGGCCUCUACCCUGCGACCCCAGCGCUGGUUGCGAUUGACGGCGUCACUGGCCCUGAUGUCAUCAAGCUGCCAAGUGUCCCCCAGUGGGACAAGGAUCGUCAAACUGGCUCAUCCCUAGUGUUCCGCGCCACUGCCAUCUAUGAGACCGCCGAUGUAGGGACUUGGUACCAAUUCCACGGUUCUCUUGACCCCUGGACCGCUUUGGCUGCGGUCGGCAUCAGCAGGGACCUUGAUGUCUCUGUUGGUACAGACGACGCGGCCUACAGACUAAUUGGAGAUCAUGUCCGCAAGUACCGUGCUCGGGAGCUCGAGCAGCUGAUGGUGGAGAAGGGUCUGUCAGGCUCUAUCGUGCACUCCCCAGAGGGAUGGCGAAAAACUGAAAUGGGCAAACUCCUGGGCCGUCACCCGCUCAUUAACUACUCUCGCCAGACACAAUGUCUCGCGUUGGCGCCAUCUCCAUUGCCUCAGCUCAAGGAUCCUCGACCUCUCGCCGGCAUCAAGGUGGUUGAGCUUGUGAGGAUUAUUGCUGGAAGCGCUGCCGGUGCCGCUCUUGCAUCCAUGGGUGCCGAGGUCAUUCGUGUCAAUUCUUCCAAGCUCAAGGACUAUACUCCAGCCCAGCCAUCAUCUCUGAUGGCAGGCAAGACGACUAUCGAUCUGGAUCUCGAAAACCCCGACGACCACGCCAAGCUGAUCAUGUUGUUCGAGGAGGCCGAUGUUAUCCUCCAGGGCUACCGCCUGCGCUCCCUCGAGCGUCGGGGUUUCGGGCUCAAGGCUGCUUUGGAGAUUGCCAACAAGCGCGGCAGGGGCAUCGUUUACGUAGACGAGAACUGCUACGGACCUGAUGGGCCUUAUGCUGAGAGGCCUGGAUGGCAGCAGGUCGCGGACGCUGCUGCCGGUAGUUCAUGGGUCAUUGCUCAGUCAUUCGGUCUGCCUGCCGGCCAGGGUGUGCUUCCAAGUUUGCCCAUAUCCGACAUGUCGACGGGUAUCCUGACGGCCCUGAUCAUCGCCUGCGCUAUCCGUGAUCGUACCAAGUUUGGCGGCUCAUACCACGGUCAUGGUGCACUUACCGCAUACAACAUGGCCACCCUAGAUCCCGAGGUUCGUCUUUACCAGCCCGAGGUGGUGAAGAGGAUCCAGGAUAAGUACAACUUCACGCCUUGGGGUAGUGAUAUUCACGUCGCGCCUCUGUACUACCAAAUAAUGAAGGCGUGGAGGGAGAACAGCAAGUUGAUAGAGAAUGAAAGGUACUACGUGCACUUCAAGGACACCGUGUUUGGUUCUGACCUUCGAACGCUGGCCCCCGUCGUGCAGUUCGACGACGAAGACAUCAAUCCAAAAUGGACCAGUCCUCCUGUUCCUUUCUGCCAUCAUGAGUUUAGGCAUUUCUUAAUCGACGCUUAG